AUGUCGGGCAAGAAGAAUGCUUCGACUGCUGCGACCGCGAAUGGCGAAGACACGAGCUUCAUAGUCUUCUCCAACGGCAAGGACUCGAAGAAAUCCAAGAAGAACGAUUCCACACCUCCGGCCGCGAACAGCUCUGCAACCGCUGCAAAGGGCAAAGGCAAGAAUGCUGGCCCUGAACUGGACAUGGCUGGCGACCCAGUCAAGAAACCCGACACAAGAACCUUGAUCGGUGGUCAAUCAUGGACAGGAAAACUCCCCAAAUGGGAAAAGCCAGAAUACACCAUGCAUCGCUCGUCAGACCCGCCAGGCCAAAUCUCUUCUGAAGUCGUUUCGUUACCGCCUAUGUCGUUGCCUCCUGCGAAGAGGGCUUUGGGUGUGCAAGAGACGGCUGUAGAGGCUAGACAUUUUGCUGCUACCUAUGCGCUAUAUCGCGUGGCCAAUGCGAAGAACCUGCACAUGAUGAUGCCUCCCAACUACCGCGAUCUGUGGAAGGGCGAGUUUGCAGAUAUGAAAAAGGAGGCCACAAAAGAAGGCAUGGGCUGGUUAUAUGCUGCAGAUCCAUUCCAAGCACGAAAAGAGCAAGAGAGGGAGAAGCAGAUGGGAGCUGAGAAGAAGGAUAACAGCUGGACGAGAGCUCCCAAGGUCGAAAUGGGCAAGAAAAUGCGCAGAGAUGUCGAGGCUUUGGUCAGACAGGCUGCACUCUGGAACCCGCAUGGUGUUACUCUUUCAAAUGCUGAGAAGAAGCACAUCGUGCAGGAUCUGUCCAAAUUAGGCUUCCGUCCUGCUCACGUUGAGGAAGCAGUGGAGAUCUGCAAGGACCGCGAAGAGACUGUCGAAUGGCUACUGAUUCACGUACCGGAAGAUGAUUUGCCAAAGUGGAGCUUACCCGAGAAUUACUCUGCUGGUGUCUCGAUGGCUAGUAGCGAUCUUGCUAGAGAGGGUAAACUGAAACGUCUUGCAAUUACUGGUUACGCCAUGGAACUCUGUGAAGAAGCGCUUGAUGCGUCUUCAGGCGAUGAAGCAAAAGCAGCAGAGAGGCUACAACAUAGACUUCUUGGAAACAUGGAUUCGUCAUCUCUGGCAUCUGCUACUGAGAACCUCGACGUUUCAGAUGAUGUCGAUGUCUGGGAAGAAGAGCAAGUCAUCUUGGCUUCUAUUUACAGUGACAGAUACAAGUCAACCAAGACUUCAUGUCAAAUUGUCUUGGAAGUGGCCGAGAAGCCGAAGGAGCGUGUCGUCCUUCAUGCUUGCAAACCAACAGCUGGAUACCCGAACGUCGUUCCUGUCUUGUCAAUCGAGGCUUCUAUACCUGCAUAUAUCCGUCUGAGCAUCUUGAAGCAAGCUUUGUUGCAAGCUCAAUCCGAAUUCCUUGGCGAGCAGAUGCUUUUUAAUCUCAUCGACUGGCUCGAGCAUGAGAUACCCAAUAUCAUUGCUAACCCCGGUAGACUCAGCAGUAUUGCUUCGGUGUCUUCCACCUCGGCCGAGCCUGAUGUAGAAACUGCCAGCCGCAGACGAACACGCCCGAAGCGUAUGCCUAGACCCAUCGACUGGCAGCCUUCAACACAACAGAGCCAGAAAAUCCUUGCAGAUUGGCAGUCCCGACAAGAAACUCCCGCACAACAGAAAAUGAUGGCAGCAAGGCAAUCCUUGCCUGCUUGGAAGCUGCGAGAUGCGAUCGUUGAAGCUGUCACGUCUUCUCAAGUUACUAUCAUCUCUGGUGAGACUGGUUCAGGAAAGUCUACUCAGUCUGUUCAGUUUGUCCUUGAUGACAUGAUCAGACAAGGACUUGGAGAAGCGGCAAACAUCAUCUGUACACAGCCUCGCAGAAUCUCAGCUUUGGGUCUGGCAGAUCGUGUUGCUGAUGAGCGAUGCGUCAAAGUCGGUGAAGAGGUUGGUUACUCAAUCAGAGGAGAAUCGAAACAGAAGGCUGGCACUACAAAGAUCACUUUUGUCACUACUGGUGUUUUGUUGAGACGACUCCAAACGUCUGGUGGAAAGCCGCAGGAUGUUGUCGAUGCUUUGGCUGACGUCAGCCAUGUGGUUAUUGAUGAAGUUCACGAACGCAGUUUGGACACUGACUUCUUGAUGGUGCUUUUGAGAGAUGUGUUGCAGGUACGCAAGGACCUCAAAUUGAUCCUCAUGUCUGCCACUCUGGACGCACAGAUCUUCAAAAGCUACUUUGCCGGUAAGAUGACCGUCAGCACCGUGGAGAUUGAAGGCAGAACCCAUCCGGUACAAGACGUCUAUCUAGACGACAUCCUCCGUAUGACAGGUUUCGCAGGGGCUAUCGGCGAGGAAGGCGAUGAUGAGGGUGGCAAAGAGCCCAGCAUGGGCGCAGCUCUGCGCAGUGUCGGAAUGAAGAUCAACUACGAUCUCAUCUCAGACACUGUACAAACCAUCGACGAGCAACUAGGCUCGCAAGAAGGCGGGAUCUUGAUCUUCCUACCUGGCCUCGCUGAGAUCGAUCGCACCCUCAAAGCAUUGCAGCAUCUCCAUCACAUCCAUGCCCUGCCUCUGCAUGCCUCCUUACAGCCAGCUGAGCAAAAGCGAGUCUUUCCCCCUGCACCCGCUGGCAAACGCAAAGUCGUCUGCGCUACCAAUGUUGCCGAAACCUCCAUAACAAUCGAGGACAUCGUCGCUGUCAUUGAUUCCGGCCGUGUCAAGGAAACCAGCUUUGACGCUGCCAAUGGCAUGAUCAAGCUCGAAGAAGUAUGGGCAUCCCGAGCAGCUUGUAAACAGCGUCGUGGUCGUGCAGGUCGUGUACGAGCAGGCACCUGUUACAAGCUCUACACUAAGCAAGCCGAGAUCACCAAGAUGGCUGAGCGUCCCGACCCUGAGAUCUUGCGUGUGCCGCUGGAGCAGUUGUGUCUUAGCGUCAAGGCUAUGGGUGUGUUGGACGUUCCGUCUUUCUUGUCUCGUGCCAUCACUCCACCUUCGACUUUAGCAGUCAGUGGUGCAUUGACGACUCUGCAUCGUAUGGGCGCUCUAGAUGGCGCAGAGCUUACGGCUUUGGGUCGGCAUCUUAGCUCCAUCCCUGCUGAUCUCCGCUGUGGCAAGUUGCUUGUCUAUGGUGCGGUCUUUGGAUGCUUGGAUGCUUGCUUGACUAUCGCAUCUAUCCUCACUGCUCGCUCACCAUUCGUUUCUCCUCCCGCUCGACGUGAUGAGGCCAAGGCAGCUCGAUUAGCAUUUGCACCCGGGGGCCAGGGAGAUCUUAUUUGCGACCUUCGCGCCUUCGAAGUCUGGAGUGCCAAACGCGCUGAAGGUGUACCUUCCUCUUCUCUACGCCAAUGGUGCGACACAAGCUUCCUUUCCACGCAAACUCUCUUCGACAUCAACACCAACCGUCGUCAAUACAUGUCCUCACUACAAGAAAUCGGCUUCCUGACUUCCUCUUCUGCGGCUUCUGCAGACCACAAUGCUAGGAACAGCAACACCGCCCUGGUUCGCGCAUUGGUAGCUGCAGCAUUCUCUCCCCAGGUCGCACGCAUAGAGUUCCCAGAUACCAAAUACGCAGCCUCUGUUUCUGGUGCUGUAGCCCUCGACCCAGAAGCCAAAACCAUCAAAUACUUCCGCGAACCUAAUGCUUCCGCUGCACCUACUUUGCCCUCUGCGCAGAAUGGCAAACAAACACCUCAACCACAGCAGGAACAGGGAAACUCACGGUUGUUCAUCCACCCCAGCAGUGUCCUGUUUUCCUCAACACCAGGCCAAAACUUCCCUCCGUCCACAGCAUUCCUGUCCUACUUCUCCCUCUUAUCCACCUCGAAAACUUUUAUCCGUGAUUUGACUCCGUUUAAUGCUUACACUCUGCUCAUGUUUUCUGGGGACAUUACGCUGGAUACGCAGAAUAGAGGCUUGGUUGUUGAUGGAUGGAUCAGACUCAAAGGAUGGGCGAGGAUUGGAGUUUUGGUGGGGAGGCUGAGGGGCAUGCUUGAUGAGGUGCUAGAGGGACUUGUGGAGAGGCCUGGAGAGCAGCUUAGGGGCAAGGCAUUGGGGUUGGUGGAGUUGGUUGUUAGGUUGGUUGAGUUGGAUGGGUUGGAUAGGUAG